AGAGCCACUUAAAUUUAUACACAGUUUAUCAGAUAAGAUAUAAGUAUGGGAUCUUCACUCAGCUCAUCGGGUAACCUAACAGCAACGGACGUACAGAGAGCUGUUGGUAGUCAACGAACGAACUUGUCAAAGGAUGAUGCUAAAUUGCUUCAACAUACCCUGAGUACCAUACCCAGUAUGGGCAACCUUAGCUCAUGUGAAGUUGUUAUAGAAUUUGUAGAUACGUAUAAAGUCUCUGUUUCAACAAAAAAUCUCCCCACAGAGCGUUUAGUGUUUGGAAUUGUCAAAGGAAAACCUGAUUAUCACUGGGAGAGAAAAUCGUUUUCAAGGAGUUGCGGGCAAUUUUUUACAGACAGUAUUCCCAGUCUAGUAUCAAGUAUUUUUGGUAUCAUUGGCGCGAGCUUACGUAAAAGUAUUACUUACUGAGAAAUCUUUAAAUACAAAACAUUUCCGACUGUUUUGACAUUCAUUUUCAUCAUAAUUACAUAUUAUAUAGUAGUAAAUUACAAAAUAUAGUUGACAUUUUUAAAUUGAAUUUAUUAUAUAUAAUUUCUCAAAAUAAGUAUGUUUAUUGUAUACUUAUAAAUGAAAUAUUAAGAAAUAUUGAUGAAAUAAAAUGAGUUUUUUUUUUCAUUUUCCUUCUUUUCAGUAAAAUUUUUUUACUGCAGUGAUUUUCAAACAUAUUUCCAUAUUUUCACUGGUGUCUUGCCGUACUACUUUCUUCUUAAUUGGGCCGAUACACAAAAUCUAAGGGGGAGUAUUUCAAAAUGUUAUUUAAAAAAUAUAAUGUGAAAGUUCUCAUUUUUUUUAUAAAUACAAGAUUUAUUUUCAUCAAGUGGUAUGAAAAUAAACAUUUCAUGAAAGGCAGUAGCUACGAGUAAUAAAUUUCUAACCGAUAUUGGAUAUCUUUUAUAGCUUAUGACCUAUAUAUUUUAUGUAAUAUGCUUUGAAGAAUACUUUGAAAACAUAUUGAAUUGCUUUUGAAAUAAUUUGUCAUAGUUGAAUUUUGUAAAAUGCAUACUUUGAUAUAUAUGAAAAUAUUUAUCAAUAAAUGUAACAGUUGCCCUGCCAACCGGAUUUAAAGUUAUUGUAUCACAUAUAAAUUGUAUGAUUUUUUUAUCGGCAUUGACUGUAUUUAUCACAUAAUGAAAUUAAAUUAAAAUGUAUAAAUCAUGA